AUGAAACAUAGUAUUUUAAAAGUUGUAUUCGUUUUGGUUCUAUUGUGGGCACAGCUGGUCGUUAGUGCACCAUCUCUCCCACAAAACGAUUCCGGGGGUGUAUCAUCUUUGAAGGUAAAGUCUUCGUGUCAGUUGUAUCCAAUUAAGAGCGAAUGGAUAAUAAUGGAUUUUAAACGAUAA